AUGUCCGAUUCGCAGGAUUUCGAAAAUAAAAUGGACGUAAACGCUUCCAGCACCUCCGUCACCCCCAGGACUCCGCCGAAUUGCGCCCGUUGCAGGAACCACAGGAAAAAAAUCGCCCUGAAGGGCCACAAGCGCUACUGCAUGUACCGCUCGUGCAAGUGUGAAAAAUGCCGGUUAACUUCAGAAAGGCAACGCGUUAUGGCAAUGCAAACGGCGCUCAGAAGAGCCCAGGCUCAGGACGAGGCUCUGAUUCGCAGCGGUAGCUCUCAUCCUGAUGAUUUGGGCUACGUGCCCAUGGGUCAACAAAGUCCUCCUUUAAUUACCUCGUUGAAACGUCGCAUAGAUUGCGAUUCUUCGGGAUCUUCACAGUGUUCCGAUCAUCUUUCUUCUAAAAUUAUGAAAGUGACACCGAUUCCUAUGGGACAACAGAGCCCUCCGAUGCUUAAGCGUAGGUUGGAUUGCGAUUAUUCCGGUUCGUCUCAGUUACCUGAUCCUCCGUCGAAGAUGAUUAAAAUUACUGCUCCGUCUGAAAUUCCUUCCACCACCACAGCUAAUAUUAGUUCUAUUGCGGAAUGCCAUUCUUCCUAUUCGGAAUUUAAAGUAAACCAAAGCUCAGACCUUCUUGAAGACUGUCAAAAAUUGUUAGAACGAUUUAAGUAUCCGUGGGAAAUGAUGCCUUUGAUGUAUGCCAUUCUCAAAGAUGCCAGGGCGGAUCUGGAAGAGGCAUCAAGGCGGAUAGAUGAAGGUCAGACGGUAGAUAUUCUUCUGAACUUGUGCAAUCGAGUGAAGGACAAGUUCCAGUUAUCUUGGAGGAUGAUUUCUUUAGUUAGUGUCGUAUUAAAAUAUUCCAAACAAAGUGAAGAGGAUGCUUUUACUAGAAUAGAAGAAGCUUUUCGAGAAAUACAUAGUCUUACGGAAGCAAGAAUGGUGCCAAAUUUAGCGUUACAAUGUAGCUACCAUACAAUUCCAUAUCCUAGUCUUUACACAUCAGCAUUGUACCAGCCCUGGUUCUUGCCUCAAAGUUUCUGUCAUUACCCAUCGUCGACGUUGCUUACCACGGCUCCGACAUCUUGUUCGUCGCCCAGUUCGCCUACAGCCAACUCACCUAUAGCACAUUCUACCCCACUCAGGCCGGAGAGUCGAGCGUGA